UAAUAACCAGAAACCAUUAGGACUCUUACAACCAUUGGAUAUUCCUAGUAAUCGCUGGGAACAGAUUACAAUGGAUUUCAUUGUACAACUACCCACAACAAAAAAAGGACAUGACGCAAUAGUAGUAUUUGUAGAUAGACUUACCAAAAGAGCACAUUUUGAACCAAUGCAUACUACAGCAACUGCACCUGAAGUUGCCAAAAUAUUCUUUACAACCAUUUUUAAGAAUCAUGGACUACCAAAAGUAAUUGUAUCAGACAGAGAUACCAAAUUCACAAGUAAAUUCUGGCAAGCAUUAUUUCAACAGUUGGGAACAAAAUUAGCAAUGUCAACUGCAUUCCACCCCCAAACAGAUGGACAGACUGAACGAAUGAAUCGCACAUUAGAGGAAAUGUUACGAAUCUUUGCCACAUACAAACAAGAUCAGUGGGACGAAUAUCUACCAGCAGCUGAAUUUGCGUAUAAUAAUUCCAAGCAGGCCUCCACAGGAUUUACUCCUUUCGAAUUAGAUUGCGGACAACAUCCAAUAACACCCACAGUUUUAGCUUCAGGAAGUUCAACAAAAGUAGCAGCUACUGAUGAUUUUAUUGAACAUUGGAAUAAUAUGAUUAAUAUUGCAAAAGACACAUUAAUAGUAGCUCAACAACGACAAUCACAAUAUGCAAAUAAUCAUCGACGUCAUGUUGAAUUUAAAGUUGGAGAUAAAGUGUUAUUGUCAACUAGAAAUAUCAACAAUCCUAUUGAUAAAAAUAGACCUACUAGGAA